AUUCAGUUGCGAUUAGACGUUCAAGCUGAUAACUUUCAAUUGCAUGAUGAAAGUUUUUCAUGCAUUUAUGCUACAUUGCAUAAUUUCUUGCAUUAUUGCGGAUGAAAAUGAAAAUAUUCAAAAUGAAACUGCACAGCGGUGGGAGGAGUACAAGGCACAAUUUAACAAAACAUUUCAAAUGGAAUUUCGAGAAGACCGACGUCGUAAGGCAUUCGAAGAGAAUUUGGAAAUUAUUCAGAAACACAAUGAGCAGUUCAAGCAAGGAAAAUAUUCAUUUAAGCUGACUAGAAAUGACUUAGCUGACUUGUCAAAUCAGCAAUAUUUGCGACGUUACGUUCGACUUGUAAACAGUGAGAUUGAUAUGACUGAUGAUCGCAGUUACAUUCUAGGAGAUACUCAAUUUGGAAAUAAAGAAUAUCCAGAGUCACUAGAUUGGAGACUAAAAGGUUUUGUCACGCCACCAAAAAAUCAGAAAUCUUGUGGCUCGUGCUAUGCUUUUAGCGUCGUUCAUUCAGUCGAGGGACAAUUGUUUAAGAAGCUUAAUCGAAUUGUCGAAUUAAGUGAGCAACAAGUUGUUGACUGUAGUGCCUCGCAUGGUAAUCAUGGAUGUUCUGGUGGUUCUUUACGCACGACAAUGCGAUAUCUUGAAAGUAGUGGCGGUUUAAUGAGGGAAUCGGACUAUCCAUAUACAGCAACUCAUAAUAAAUGUUCUUUUGAUCGAGAUUGGGCAAUAGUGAACAUAACUUCAUGGUCGAUUCUGCCAGCAAGAAAUGAAAAUAUUAUGAAGGCUGUUUUAAAUGAGGUUGGUCCUAUUGCAGUUUCGAUAAAUGCAGCACCAAAGACAUUUCAAUUAUACAGUACUGGUGUCUAUGAUGACCCACAAUGUCUGUCAACGACAGUUAAUCACGCAAUGUUAUUAAUUGGAUAUACUGAAGAUGCAUGGAUUCUCAAGAACUGGUGGGGUCAACGCUGGGGCGAGAGUGGAUAUAUGAGAGUCAAACGUGGAGUCAACAUGUGUGGUAUCUCAAAUUAUGCUGCAUACGCGAUAGCAUGA